AUGAAUGAAGAUGAUGACAUGCCACAAUUAUCUGCUACUACAUUAGCGGCAUUGAGAGAAUUUUUGGAAGAACAAAAAAAUAUUAUCCCACCAGAGACAGAACCUGUUCCAGAAAAUUGGAAGCUAAGCCAAUUUUGGUAUAGUGAUGAAACAGCUGAGAAACUAGUUAAUGAAGCUAUAGAAGCUCUUGGAGAGAGAGGUGGAAAAAUUGCAUUGGUAUCUUCUCCAACAUUGAUGAGAUUUUUUCGUCAAACUAAUUCUUAUCGCGAUGGAAAAAUAUCUGUACAUCUAUUUGAAUUUGACAAACGUUUUGGUGAACAAUUUCCAGAAGAAUAUUCCUUUUAUGAUUUUAAUAAUCCUCUUAAUAUAGAUAUUUCCCAUAAAGAGAAGUAUGACUAUAUAAUCGCUGACCCACCUUAUCUUUCUGAUGAGUGUUUAACAGCAGUUUCGAGGAGUUUAAAAUAUCUUUCAAAAAAUGAUGAUUGCAAAAUAUUAUUAUGUACUGGAGCAAUUAUGGAAGAUGUAGCGGAAAGGAAUCUUAAUGUUAAGAGGACAAAUUUUAAUCCUAGACAUUCCAAUAAUUUGUCAAAUGACUUUUGUUCAUUUGCCAAUUACAAAACAGUAACAUUUUGA